UUGGAGGAAAUUGUCUAGAACUGGCUGACGUUGGAAUCCUAAACCAUGUCAAAUGUGGACACUUUUCAUUUGGCUGUCCAGACAAAGAUUUCUCUGGCAACGAAAUCUAUAAAUUUCCAAGCUGUUUGUCCAUCGCUGCCAACUGUUUUACAGCAGAUGUUGAAUGUCUUAACAAAAAGUGUUUGAAACAAGGGUGUAAUGGGGUACCAAAAACAGAAGACAGAAGUACUGAUAGUCCCUCGAAAGAUAACAUAUACCUUCCAUGGUUCGUUGUUUCGUUGGUAUUGUUCUUCCUCUCAGCUGGGCUCAAUCUAUAUCUAGGUUGGCAAAGAAUUAAAUCUACAGAGGAAGAAAGUCAUGAGCACGAUAGACUUCUUGAAGAAAAUACAUCAGCAAAAAGUAGCAGAACUAAAGAACAAAGAAAGGACGAAUAUCGUGCUGCAUACAUUGAGAAGGAAAUUUUUUCUGACUAUGCCGUUGAGGAGGCUGAGUUAUUUCAACUUUUGAAAAGGCAAUGUCUAAAUGAUGAAUAUACUGGUUUUCAGUAUCUUGUUAAAACAAGAAUCAAGUCAAAAGGGGAAGGUUGUAUAAAAAUAUUUUGUCAACGUGACGAAUAUGGAUGUACUCUACUUCAUUAUGCUGCUCAAGGGGGAUCGAUAUUCAUCUUAAAAGAAAUCUUGAAGAGUGCUCCCGCAGAGGUCAAAUCCCACAACGGUCAAACUAUUCUCCAUUAUGCAAUUAGAUAUCAGCAUAAAGACAUGAGUCUAUAUCUGAUCAACACCUACGAAACACUCACAAAAGAUUACCUUGUAAAGGAAUGUAAUCCAAGUCCAGGGAUUGGAUCAGAAAUGUGUUCCUCGGAAGAAUAUUGUGAACCUCUCCACUGGGCUGCAUGGAAUGGUGAUAUGAAAAUUCUAGAUGACUUAAAACAAGCUAAUAUUGACAUACGGCGAUUAACAAAGAAUGGUCUUAGUAUACUUGAUAUCGCAUGCUUGAAAAGCAAACCCAAUUUCUGUCUGCAUAUUUUAGAAAAUGAAAAAGGAAUAAAUCUUGAUAAAAAAGACGCAUGUGGAUGGAAUAUUGCUCAUUAUGCUGCAAGAUCAAAUAAUGUAGAGGUGUUGGAACAUUUGAGGACCAAGAAAGAAAGCUUGAUCACAGACAUAACGCACACAAAGAAAACUACUUUCCACAUUGCGUGUGAAUAUGCACAGCUUGAAGCUGUGAAGCAUCUUACCGAAACACAGGAAUCACUUUUACUCUGCAAAGAUGAACGCGAAUGGAAUGCAUUGCAUUAUGCGGCGAAAGGUGGCAACUUACAAAUUCUCAGAUUCCUUGUGAAGGACAAGAAGAUGAAGAUCAGCUCUCGCACUAAGGAAAGUAAAAAUCUUCUACAUGUUGCAUGUACUUAUAAACAAGGGGAUAUCUGCAAAUAUGUAGCGCAAAAACAUAAGCACCUAGUAAAUGAGACGACUACAAUGGGAUGGUUGCCUGCUCACUAUGUUGGAGUAGAGAGUAAAGGAGAUGGAAGAGAAGAGAAGAUUGUAGAUAUUUUAUUUGAUUGCGGAAUGAAUAUAGAACAAAUAAAGCAAAAAACCAAGGACGGAUAUUCUGUUCUCGGUGUAGCGAUUUAUCACCGAAAUGGAAAGCUAUUGAAAUAUCUUUCAUCGAUGAAAGACAAAAUUGGCUUCCGUUUAGAUAUAAAAUUUCUUCUGGAAACUUUGGAGGAAACAAAGGAUAUCAUUAUGAGAAGUAUUCUUGAAAAAGAAGUGAAUGAAAGGCAGAAAAAAAUGCAAAACUAG